UACAGCAACACGGCGUUAGUUCGGAAAAAAACGUGAACGUGCAUGGACAUGUUGUAGAGCGCACCGUUAUUCCCAUAGCAGCCAGCAGAUUCGCGCGUGCAAAUCCUUACCCUCCUCUUCGCCCACCGCCGCUGCGCUAGUAGUUGUUGUCGUUGUGCGGGCUCGCUUUUCGGGGGCGGGGCACGCGGUCAUCGCAACAGCAAAUAGCAAAAUCCUUAUUCGUUAAUCGUUAAUCGCCAAUCGUCAUCGGCGGAACGUGUGUGCAGAAUUAAUGAAAUACGCGCGCCGCUCCAUCAAUGAAAACGAGAGAGGGGACCAGCCGCCGAGUAGUAUUUCAAAGAUUGCCUCGCAGCGCUGUGCCUUCGGUUCACGGUGUGUUUAGGCCCACUUUUUUGUUUGCCAACAGUGCGUGCUAGCGGAGGAGAAUUGCCAAAGCAACCGCGGUUACCAAAAUUCUUGCCACAUAAACCGAGCAACUUGCCGCAUAAAUAGGGAUUAUACCGGCAGAACGUCAGUGGGGCAGAGAGCGAUUGGAUACACAUGUGCCAGCGGGCGGCCCUCCAUCAACAAUAUGUUUGGCAGCAAGUUCCGGCAUCGGAAUUGAAUUUAAUAAAAUAAAUUAAGCCAGCAGCGGAGUGGGUCAAAGCACACAGUUUGAAUUGUUAAUGAGCAGCGGCAAAAAGUGUUAAAUGCUGAUGACGCCGCCUCUGCCGACGUCACAGCCGCUGAUUCGACGGUGCUGAAAAGUCAAUUAAAGGCGAAUGCCGGAGUCUGGACUGGGAAGCCAUUGGCGAACUUGGCCAGAACGUAGUUAACGUGGAAAAGGAGAGCAGCAAACGAAGCGACGAGUGCAAGAAGCCAGAAGACAGCAAUUACCAUGUCGUUGGCCCCUCAUCUCGGCCAGGCUUUUACCCUCGGUCUGGGCCUGUGCCUCUGCCUGAUUUUGGCCACAUUUCAGGGGGCCCGGGGAUUGGCCAACUGCCCGAAUGGCUGCGAGUGCGACGACGACACCCUGAUGGUCAACUGCGGCGAGGGCACCCUCGACGUCCUGCCCAUCGCCCUCAAUCCCGCCAUCCAGCGCCUGGUGAUCAAGAACAACAAGCUGAAGACCAUCGACUCAUCCAUGCAGUUCUAUGCGCAGCUCACCUUCCUGGAUCUGUCGUUCAACGACAUGUUGACGAUACCGGAGCGAUCGUUCUCGUACCACGCCAAAUUGCAGGAGCUGCACCUGGACCACAACAAGAUUGGCCAGGUGUCGAACAGGACCUUCCUAGGCCUAUCCACUAUUAGUGUUUUGAAUCUGAGGGGCAACCUGAUUGCCGAGCUGGAGUACCGCACAUUCUCGCCCAUGGUCAAGCUGGCGGAGCUGAAUCUUGGCCAGAACCGCAUCGACCACAUCGAUCCACAUGCGUUUGAUGGCCUGGACAACCUGAGGGUUCUCUAUCUGGAUGAUAAUUCCCUGACCACUGUGCCGGGAGCGUUGACCUUCCAGGCUCUACACUCCCUGGCAGAACUGUAUUUAGGAAGCAACUCCUUUAUGACGAUUCCGGGCGGAGCGUUUGAAGAUCUAAAGGGCCUGACACGGCUAGAUCUGCGCGGAGCUGGUCUGCACAACAUCUCGGGAGAAGCGCUCAAGGGUCUGGAGGGCCUGCGCUACCUAGAUCUGUCGGAUAAUAGCCUGCCUGUGAUUCCUACGGCAGCUCUUCAGAGACUGGGACGCCUGGAGCAGCUGAACAUUGGUCAGAAUGACUUUGAGGUCGUCUCCUCGGGGGCCUUUGCUGGCCUCCGGGAGCUGAGGCACCUGGAGUUGACGGGAGCCAAGAGACUGAGGCGCGUGGAGAGUGGUGCCUUCGGGGGAAACACCAACCUGGAACACCUCAACCUUUCCAGCAACAAGGAGCUGAACGAGCUAUCGUCUAUGGCCCUGGGUGGUUUGCCCCACCUGAGUACAGUGGUGCUGAAGGCCAAUCAACUGAGCAGCCUGGAUGAAGGUCUAGUGCCCUGGGCAGAUCUUCAGACCCUCGAUCUCUCGGAGAACCCAUUCGAAUGUGAUUGCAGGCUGCUGUGGCUGCAUCAUCUGCUGGUCAGACGGAACUCGAGUGGCCAGUUCUCCCCCGUGGUCUGCGCGUAUCCGACGACUCUGCGAGACUUACCUCUGGCCCAGUUGGCCGAACCCCUUCUGGGUUGCGCCCGUGGAGCUGCGAGCAAGCAGGCCAUCAUCGGCAUCCUCGUGGUGGCCUGUGCCGCCUUGAUAACCACUUUGGCCCUGAUCCUCUACACCUGCCGCCGUAGGAUUCGGGAGCUGCUGAAGGGACACUCGGCGCUGGGCAGGAAGGAGCGGGAGUACCAGAAGACCUUCUCCGACGAGGAGUACAUGUCCAGGCCACCACCCGGUAGCGGAGGAGUCCACCCGUCUGCGGGUGGCUAUCCCUACUUUGCCGGCAGCAGUCGGCCCAUUCCGGUCACCGAGCUAUAGCUAGAAGCACCACCCCCGCCUCAGCUGCGGGGUCGGGGUGGUGGUGGCGGUGCUGCCAGCACCGCCAGCGGGGCAGUGCAGCAGCUGCAGGUGCCCAGUGCCGUGGACCAGGCCUCCAACUCCUUCGCUCAGCUCAGCCACAUUCACUACAUGACCAACAACGGACAGCCGACCUCCAAGAUGCACCACUCGCAGCAGGACAUGCGACUGUUGACCUGCAACGGGGGCAAGCCACUGAAUGCCACCUCGCUGCCGCGCCACCGACCGCCGGUGGUGCAGGAGAGCACCCUGUCGCACUACAGCCAGCCCCUUGCCAACGGGAUCCGACUCACCCAGGACCACUUCAACCACAACCAGAACCAGAGCCACCACUACGGCGGGGUCUAUGCCAAGCCCUGCGAUGCGAUGUCGGAACCGGGAUACAUCCACAAUAACUCGCACUAUUCGCUGCCCCUGGAUCACGACUUGCCACCCAGCCCCACGCCCACUCCUCCGCCCCCCGCCCUACCGCUGAGGAACGGAGUGGGCAUGGCCCUUAUCCACGGCAACACCACGGGACGCAGAUCCUUCAACAAUAACAACAACAACGUCUCCACCCUGUCCAACAACAAUCACCAUGGCGGCGCUGGAGUGGGCGUGGCAGUAGGCGGUACCGUGGGCAACAACAAUGGGAGCCUGAGGCGGUACCACUGAUAUUCGGCCAAGACGUGCGGCACUCUGGGCCGCACCAUCGUCAAGACCAGGCGGGACCCGGAUAUCGAGCUGCAUUACUUCUACAAGGGAUAAAGAGGAAAGUCGAGGAGGACCGAUCUUAUUUAAUCGGGUUAGGUUUGAUUAUCGUAUUUGGACAGAGUUAGUUAAGUAGAAUAUCACUAGGGUCUUCAAAUAACAUUUUAAUAUAUUGAGGAUGCCCAAAGGUAUGCAAACCUUUAUUUUGAACUCUGAAGUGGAAUGAAUAUUUUUUUUCUUUAUUCACUGCAUACCUUUAGUCACCUAAAGUUAUAUUUAAAAAUUAUUUAAAACCCUAGUGAUUGACUUACGUCGAUUCUAUCUAAAAACGAAGAUCAAAGCAAGCCUGAAUAUUCAUAAUCUAGUUGUAUAUUCCUACGUUACGUGUAUUCAAGCGAAAGCAUUUUGUAUAAAUUAGAAUUUAGUUCGAGAGGUUGUCGACCAGGAAAAGCGCAGGAAAAACGCAGGUGUAUAUAAGAAAAUCUUGCGCACAAUUUGGCAGGCACUGUGGGUUGGCCAAAAACUAAAAAAGAAAACAAAAAUCGACCAACCUGCCGACAGGCCAUUUCAUUUGCAUACAGUGAUCUUAAUUAUUAAGUUGUGCUUGAAAGCAUUUCAAUUAUUGUAAAUAAUUAGAAGCUUCUUUAUAAAUGCGCCAAGCAAAAUCAACAAAAACUUCGAAACAAUACAAAAAAAUUUAGCAAACAAAUAAUUUUACUUUAUAAAAUAACAAAUAAGCUACGCGCUUAAGCACCAGUCAUUAAAACUAUGUAUGUAUUUAGCCUAAAGCUAUCACAAAAAUAUUCCAAAAACAAAGAAAAAAAUAAAUAUGCAAAAGCAAAAAUAGAACGCAGCAGAUUUUUAUAGUUAAUAGACUCAGUAAAGAAUAAACUACUCGCCGGAAUAAUAAACAAAGAAGAUGUUCACACAGUGUAAAAUGGAAAUAGCUGUCGAAACUAUUGAAAACUCCGAAAUAUUCAUGUAGAACCUACGCCGCAUUCACAAAUACGAAUAAGCAAUUUAUGCAACAUAAACCAACACAAAGUAAAUCUAUAUAUACGAAUUAUGCGUGUAAAUAAAACAAGUAACUAUGCUCGAAAAAACAUACAAUUUAGGUUUUUUUCAUUUUGCAUUUUUCAUUUCCCCAGCCUCGGCUGAAGACUUUUGUUUCAGCAUUUGAUUUGAUUUUCGUUUUUCACUGCAACGAGUCGUCAACCCGUUUGAUCGAUUGUACAUAUUUAACAAUUUAAUGGAACAAAUUGCAAAACCAAUACAAGGGAGUUGAAAGUAACCUAAAAAUAAAGGAACAACAAAGUUUACCAUAUGUAAUUGAAAACUUAUUCAAACGCAAAUUUCAUAUUCAUAUUUCAUAACGAAGCCGAUCUUUCAUCUAGUUAUACGAAGAAAAACACUAUAAAUAAAUUAAAUCAAUUUGAACUACAAUUUAAGCAAAUUACAAGGGACAAGCAUAGUUAAACAAGCUAAGCCAGAUGAAAUGGUAUAAGAGUAUAAACAAGACAUAGAUUGUAGCCGAGCAAAAAAUACAUUUGUGGAUCAGCGUCUAAUCGUAUCACUAAAACAAAAAGUAAAUCAACAAGUCAUGCAAGGAAUUCUCUCAAUGUAAUGGAUAAAUACAAAUGCGAAGAAAUUCAACCGUGUUCAAGAACUAGAAGAUAAAAUCAAAUAAAGAACAAACUUAACAAUA